UUCCCAAAAGAAAAUGCAGGCUGCGUCGAUAGCUUUCGAGGAGAAGUUUUUGGGAAGUAUUGGCCCGACUCGUGAUGGCUUACCGAAUGGUGUUAGCAAAGUCCUGGAGUACAACACACCAUUUCUUCCGUCUUCAUUGAGAAUAUCUAAUUACGAUUAUGCCAAAGCAAAAGAAGUUGAUAAUUUUUAUAAGAUUGUCCAAUUGCAUCGAGAGCAAUACAAAAUUAUGGAAAACACGAGCCAUCCCUUGAGCUAUUUCAAAACAUACGACACCGAUAACCCGACGAAAUCAUACUUCAUAAAAUAUCCGGUGACUCAUGUUAAAUAUAAAAAUCCAUUGGUGUUACCUCGUACGUAUGGUCGUACUAUCAAACUUCCGUCUCUACCACAACGACGAAAUUCGGGGAUUCACAAUCGUUUUCCUUGCACAGCGUAUAAAUUUUGAAUAUGCAUAGCGAGCAAUUGGAAAUAAAAUAUUCCGUUGGAUUACGUGAAAGCCUGUAAAAGCUUUCGGUUAUUAUCAAAAUGUAAAAUAUAAAAUCUGGAAAAGCCGAAUCCGCACUCUUUACUCGAUACGACUUCUGAAACUUUCAUGAGAGCUUUGUCGCUCUUUUGAAGGAUUAUUUUAUCAUCAAGUCUUUAACAUUCAAUUUUAUGGUUCACUGCACUGAAGUAUUAAUGAUUCUAAAUACACGGUUAGGAGAAUCUUUCGGGAGUUUUGAGGGGAAAAUAUUCAAUAUUCAUUCAUUCAUAGUCUUAAAAAAAAAUGCGCGGACUAUUAAUUUGCCGGUUUAUUCAGUAAAAAUUACGAAAUAAAUCAUGCAGCUUAAAGCAAAUAAAUAAAAGAGCUUGUGGUCUAUUGAAUUGAAUUUGAUGUUAAAUUUACAUAAUGAACACAGAAAUUCAAGUUUUUAUGGAAAAAUCAAUUAUUAUUCAAUUAUUACUCGAUACGAAGGAAAAAUAAAAAAAUAUUUAAGAUAA